AUGGGGUCACAUUUAGAUAUUCAGCCUUCAGAUGGAAGAUACCAUGCUUUAGUGAAUUGCACUAAUGAAGAGAGCGCAAGAUUCCCAGUUGCCACGAUAGCUUCAAGUGUUUGGGCUGCUUUACAGCUUGAAUCUAUUUUUGACACUGAAAAGGUAACUUUCAAGGAGGAAUUGGUAAGAUUUGGUUAUUUGGGACCUACAGAUGCCUCUUACACCUAUGACCCAUUAGCAGCGCAUUUUGAAAUCCAUAUUGAACAAGUUCCAAUAUUGGAAGAUGAGAAAAAAAUGGAGCAGUCACCGGAGUGCAAGUUUAUUAUUGGAAUAAAGUUGUUGUAA